AUGGGAGGCAAAUGGAGCAAUGAUGAGGACGUACCUCAAGGAGAAUCAGACCAAGAACUUGAGCAGUUGCAAGAGGAGAAGCUGAUUAUUGAGAGAGGAUAUUGGAAGGGAGGCUUAGGAUUUUUCCACCUAAUUACACCGCCUGCUCCUCUCAAUGAUGACGAUGACCUUGAUCUCUUUGGUGAUGAGAGAGAGGAGGAAAAGGCAGCAGCAAAGGCAAGAGAGGCUACUAAAAAGGAAUCCUCUAAGAAGAAAGAGAGUGGGAAGUCCUCUAUUUUGCUUGAUGUGAAGCCUUGGGACGACGAGACAGACAUGAAGAAGCUGGAAGAGGCUGUUCGUUCCAUUGAGAUGCCUGAGCUUCUGUGGGGAGCAUCCAAACUGGUUCCGGUUGGUUACGGUAUUAAGAAUGACGACCUUGUCUCUGUGGAUUCCCUUAUUAAGGAACAUCUCACAGUUGAGCCAUGCAGUGAGUAUGUUCAAAGUUGUGACAUUGUUGCAUUCAACAAAAUCUAAGGUUUCUUGUUGGACAUAAGUGUGGCCAUUUUCAAGCAGUUGAUUUAU